GGCCGACCGGCCGCGAUGUCCGGCGCGGAGGAGGCCGGCGGGGGCGGGCCGGCCGCGGGGCCUGCCGGCGCCGUGCCAGCUGGGGCCGGGGUCGGGGCUGGGGUCGGGGUCGGGGCCGGGCCAGGGGCGGCCGCGGGGCCGGCGGCGGCAGCGGCUCUGGGCGAGGCGGCGGGGCCCGGGCUCCCGGACGAGGCGGGCCUGGCAGGCGCCCGGCAGCUGCAGGAGGCGGCCGGCGACCCCGACGCGCCGCCCAAGAAGCGGCUGCGGGCGGCCGAGGCAGCCGAGGCGGCGGCGGCGGCGGCAGCGGCGGGCAGCGGGAAGCUGGAGGAGCGUCUCUACUCGGUGCUGUGCUGCACCGUCUGCCUGGACCUGCCUAAGGCCUCCGUGUACCAGUGUACUAACGGUCACUUGAUGUGCGCUGGCUGUUUUAUCCACCUACUAGCAGAUGCCCGGCUGAAGGAGGAGCAGGCCACGUGCCCUAACUGUCGUUGUGAGAUCAGUAAGAGCCUCUGCUGCCGCAACCUGGCUGUGGAGAAAGCCGUGAGCGAGCUGCCCUCCGAGUGUGGCUUCUGCCUGCGCCAGUUUCCCCGCUCCCUCCUGGAGAGGCACCAGAAAGAGGAGUGCCAGGACAGGGUGACCCAGUGCAAAUAUAAGCGCAUCGGCUGCCCGUGGCAUGGCCCCUUCCACGAGCUGACGGUGCAUGAGGCUGCGUGCGCCCACCCAACCAAGACGGGCAACGAGCUGAUGGAGAUCCUAGACGAGAUGGACCAGAGCCACCGCAAGGAGAUGCAGCUCUACAACAGCAUCUUCAGCCUGCUCAGCUUUGAGAAGAUCGGUUACACAGAGGUCCAGUUUCGGCCAUACCGCACAGAUGACUUCAUCACGCGCCUGUACUACGAGACGCCAAGGUUCACGGUGCUGAACCAGACGUGGGUCCUGAAGGCACGCGUGAACGACUCGGAGCGGAACCCCAACCUGUCAUGCAAGCGCACGCUCUCCUUCCAGCUCCUCCUCAAGAGCAAGGUCACGGCGCCCCUGGAGUGCUCCUUCCUGCUGCUCAAGGGCCCGUACGAUGAUGUAAAGAUCAGCCCCGUCAUCUACCACUUUGUCUUCACCAACGAGAGCAACGAGACGGACUACGUGCCACUGCCCAUCGUCGACUCUGUGGAGUGCAACAAGCUGCUAGCCGCCAAGAACAUCAACCUGCGGCUCUUCCUGUUCCAGAUACAGAAGUAGGCGGCGCCGCGCUGCCCGCGCCUGCCCCGCAGCGGCCUCGCAGUGCCGUCUGACCGUUUUAGCAGAGGAGAAGGAACAGAUGCAAACAUUGGGAAGGUCUGCAUGCGUGUGCGAAGGUGUGAGUGCUCUCACCUCGCCCUCCGCCCCGCCUCCCCUGUCCCAGGCACCGGAGGCCGGGCCACCUGCAGAGGAGACGGUGGCUCAGGGACACAAUGGGGCUAAGCCCGUGGCCAUGCCCUGGCCCCCAUGGCGCAGUGAGGCGCACCGUCUGCUCUGGGCUGCGCCCGGCCCCUGGGCCGGGCUCAGGGAGCACGCUGACUUCAGACGGCAUAUUUGAUUGCAAUUAAAAAGGCACCCUUGUUUCCUA